AUGCCUCUAGGUGGAAUUCCACAGCCGCCACAUCUUUUUGGCGCUGCCCAUGUACCCGGCGUCGGUCCUGGUGUGUUCCCUCCUCCACCCCCCGCCGCUCCUAAAGACUCUAAGGCUACGGGAAGUCAGCAUGGAAAGAAUUCUUACGUGAACCCAGAUUUGGAUCGUCCAAUCACUCCCGCUCCCUCCGCUGCUCCUCCAGCUGCUCCUGCUAAUCCUCCCGCUGCCCCUCCCGCUGCUCCCGCUGCUAACCCCCCAGCUGCUCACCCAGCUAAUUCUCCCGCUGCUAAUCCUCCCGCUGCUCCCCCUGCUAAACCCCCAGCUGCUCACCCAGCUAAUCCCCCCGCUGCUCCCCCUGUCAAACCCCCAGCUGCUCACCCAGCUAAUUCUCCCGCUGCUAAUCCUCCCGCUGCUCCCCAUGCUAAACCCCCAGCUGCUCACCCAGCUAAUUCUCCCGCUGCCCCUCCCGCUGCUCCCGCUGCUAACCCCCCAGCUGCUCACCCAGCUAAUUCUCCCGCUGCUAAUCCCCCCGCUGCUCCCCCUGCUAAACCUCCAGCUGCUCACCCAGCUAAUCCCCCCGCUGCUCCCCCUGCCAAACCCCCAGCUGCUCACCCGGCUAAUUCUUCCCCUGCUAAGCCCCCAGUUGCUCACCCAGAUAAUUCUCCUGCUGUUCCUGGGACAAAAGGGUUUCCUUCAACUCCCACCAAUGCACCACCUUUAGUUGUUCCUGGUGUCCCCAAAACAGGUAAAACAUCUGCUGUCAAGAAUAACCCUUCUGUGAAUCCGGCCCAUCCAUUCCCGGAAACCAAACAUAGUUCUGGGAUUCAGACACCCCUUGUGCCCCCAGUUGUUCCUGCUGCCCCAAAGCCUACAGAUCAAGCAUCUGUCAUCAGCAAAAGCCCACCUGAGAAACCAGUUUCUUCCCCCCCGGGAACUAAACAGACAAUCUUUGUGCCCCCAGUUGUUCCUGCUGCCCCAAAGCCUACAGAUCAAGCAUCUGUCAUCAGCAAAAGCCCACCUGAGAAACCAGUUUCUUCCCCCCCGGGAACUAAACAGACAAUCUUUGUGCCCCCAGUUGUUCCUGCUGCCCCAAAGCCUACAGAUCAAGCAUCUGUCAUCAGCAAAAGCCCACCUGAGAAACCAGUUUCUCCACCCCCUGGAACUAAAGAGACACCCUCUGUGCCCCCAGUUAUUCCUGGUGCCCCAAAGCCUACAGGUCAAGCAUCUGUCAUCAGUAAUAUCCCAUCUGAGAAACCAGUUUCUCCACCCCCUGGAACCACACAAAGCCCUUCAACACCCCCUGUUCCCCCAGGGACCGCACAAACCACUGCCAAAUUAUCUACAGCCAAGGUCAGCUCUUCUGUGAAGCCAAACCCUGUACAAUCAGGGACAAAGCAAAAGCCCGAUGUUCCCACAGACGCACCACGCCCAAGUUCUCCUAGCCCCAAUAUCACAAAAGAUCAGCCACCUGUUGUUCCAAGCACUCUUUCAACGAAACCAGGGUCUCAAGAGACAGUGUCGCGGAAACAAAGUGGGAGCAUUGGCCCUAAACUAAAAACAACAGACGUGCCACAACAAACUGUUAAUCAGGUCACCAACACCAUCGCAUCUACUGCCAAUGGCACGCCUACUGUCGUGCCUGUGGUUGCGCCUAUACCAAUCCCCAAACCGAAGCCAUCAGUUCCUCCGCAGCCACCGGCUCCACCCAAACAGGAAGAUGAUCACAAGAAGGACGAUGGCAAGAAAGACGAUGAUAAAGAUGAUGAUGAGAAGGAUGAUGGGAACAAAAAGGGCGAUGAUGGGGAUGACAACAAGCCACCUCAUAUCAAUCCUCCUCCGGUAAUAGUGAGCCCACCAAAGGUCAAUCCCCCGCCAAAGAUCGGUCCGCCAAACAUCGGUCCGCCAAACAUCGAUCCGCCAAAGAUCGGUCCGCCAAACAUCGGUCCGCCAAACAUCGGUCCGCCAAACAUCGAUCCGCCAAACAUCGAUCCACCGCCAAAGGUCGAUCCACCGCCAAAGGUCAAUCCACCGCCAAAAGUCAAUCCACCGCCAAAGGUCGGUCCUCCUGUUGUUGAUCCUCCAGAGGAUAAGAAACCUACUCCCUCUCAGGAACCGUCGAAGACAGCAAAGUCCACUUUAACGAAGACGACGACCGCCAUAUCACAGGCGUCCACCACAUCACAGGCGUCCACCACAUCACAGGCGUCCACCACAUCACAAUCGUCCACCACACCACAAUCGUCCACCACAUCACAAUCGUCCACAAUGUCUUGCCCAUCUGCCGUUCCCUCAGGCGAUCCGAAAAAUGGGAACGGCAAAAACAAGGAUUGUCCUGCUCGUAGGAAAUUGUGUAGUCAGGAGUGUGCUGCAUGCCGGUCAGAGGAGGUUCCGCGCCCACCCGGUCUCACGAAGCGCGAUAUCGAACGACUUGAGAAAUCUUCCAUAUCUGAAAGUGAUUCUGGCUAUCCCGGACACCUUGCCAAACGACGGAUGGGAACACCUGCGGACUAUAAUAAUGACCUGAAAAACUUCUUUUUCAACGAACUGAAAGUUGCUGCAUUUGUUCCAAAAGGGUUUUGGAUUGACCCCGGCGCUGCUAUGCCGAGAAAUCAACCUUCAGUCUUAGUGGCUGAGUUAGGAAAGCAGAAAUUCAACGCGGGCAUCAUUAAUCUUCGAGGAUGUACGUCUGUUUUGGUUAUUUCCUCGGCAGGCAUGUGGUGGGCGCAUUUUUGGGAAGCUCCCGGCUUCAGAUAUCAAUCACUGAUGGCAGGCUACCGGUUCAAUGAGGGGAUAUUCAAAAAGAAUGUGCUUGAUGUCUUGGAUGCAGGCUGCUCUUACCGUACGGUUAAUAAUGACAGAGUUGUCACCACCCGUACAACUGCGAGUGUUCGGUGCUUUGUAGGAGGAACACGAGAAAACCCGAAGAGGUUUGACCCAGUGUACGCCCCUGUGGCUUUUAUCUUCACUCCGGAAGACUACGAGAAAGCAGGCCAGCCCCUCUAUGCCCCGGAGGUUCAGCGAAUAAGGGAUAAACUUCACGAGAUAUUGGGCCCAGGCACCCCGAUUACUACAAUCACGCACAAGACUGUGGACCGUCUCGGAGAUUCACCGAGCUUCCAACUCCCUAUGGGUGCUUACCUACCUUAUGGAAAAGCUCUUUUGCAAUAUGACCCCAGAGAGGAGGAAAGAGACUGUCGUUGGUGGGCGGGCGCCAAAGUCUACGCUGAGGAAAAUCCUACGCCUUACCACCGCUCCCUGUGGCCAGCUCGGCCCAACCAGUUGAUGACCCCUGCAGCCCAGAAGCGUGCCGCUCCAGACCUGGCCGGGCUCCCUGCAUCAUGCUCAUUGCCUGUAAAAUCGAAGACGAGCAAGUCUCCAACGAAAACGACCAGUAAACCCAAGUCGACAAAGGUUGCUAGCACCCUGAUCAAGAGUGUCAAGACAACCGGCAAACCGGAGUCGACCAAGCAGCCAAGCACGACGACGCAAAAGCCUAAAACGACUCACCCGAAAACAACGAAAGCGCCAACUUCUACCUCCAAGUCCGAGCCCAAACCUGCAACCACAACUUCCCGCGAACCACCACCAAAAGAGGAAGAGUCUAGGGAGCAGAAGGAAGACAAGAAGGAGGAGAAGAAGAAGGAGGAGGAGAAAAAGAAGGAGGAGGAGAAGAAGAAGGAAGACAAGAAGGAGGAGAAGAAGAAGGAGGAGGAGAAGAAGAAGGAGGAGGAGAAGAAGAAGGAGGAGGAGAAGAAGAAGGAGGAGGAGAAGAAGAAGGAAGACAAGAAGGAAGAGCUCAACGCGGUCUGCAAUGCAUUCUUCUUCCGUGGGCGGGGAGAAACCCUCAUUACUGUCUCCAGCAUUAAAGGCUGGAAAGGUGGCGAUGAGUUCCGUAGCAAGCUUGAGGACAAGUGUGGAGAGAUAAAGCAUUGGGGGUUUAAAGAUGACACGGCGCGUUUCAACAUCAAGGACGUCGGUCGCGUGUCGUGCGUGUCGAAGGCGGUCGAGGCGGCGGGAGGGCCGAGGACGACGUGUAGAGCACCCAUAGGCGCUUAG